CGCCGCUAGAGCUACCUCCGUGUCUAAGCAAGACAAGGCCCCCUAGAGAUUGAUCAACAACAUAAGUAUGUUUUUAGGCUCCACCACCAGAAAGGGAGAAAAACUACAUAAGCAAUGAUGCUAGUAAGAAAGCUUCAUAAAAACUACGUUUAUUUCCUGCCCUUUUUAGUAUGCUUCUUUACGACACUCGCGAUCGCGAACAACGUGAGACUCAAGGAACGGCCAGCUACGCAGGAAGAGGCGUACUACACGGAAAGCAGUCGACAGUCGGAGUCGCAGUCUACACUUAGACUUGACGAAGAUAAAAAAGAACCUUCCUCAGAGAGCAAGGUCGCGGAUAGCGUUGCACAUCUUGUUGCCGCAACUUCUUCGUCUGGUAAUGAGAACGGCGCGUAUCACGACGAAGAAGGGGCGUCGUUGUCGGAAGACAGCGCACCGCAGUCGGUUAAACUCGAAAAAAAUGUCAUCACAUCAAGUGGUCAAGUCAAGCAGUACGUCGACGGGGGGCCGGGCGUGCUGGAUGAUGACGACAGUGCCGUUACUUCUGCGGCUGGAAAAAUAGGCGCAACAAGGAAGAGAGUCUUUCGGAGAGAACAAGAUGUUCCGAUGACCCGAGAGCAAAAACCCGUGAAGCAUAUUAAGCCGCGAAGAGACCACAGGAGAACGAGCAAGAAUGGGAGUCAACGACAUCAUACCAGGAGUCGAGAUGAAGCGAUCAGAUUCAACAAGAAGCGGAGAAGAAGAAGAACCGUUCCAAGAAGAGAGAGAAUAGCCGUGCUAGAAACGAGAGGCACCGACGCGGAUAUCGAAGAGGACGAUCCAAAUGGAUACCGAACAAAGUGUACUUCUUUUUGACUAUCUAAGGUGCGCAAGCAUAUUACAUUGUGCAGUAGAUCAUGAUCAUCGCAUCUCGGUGCUACUUACCGUAUCCGUAUCAUCCACACAUCAAUUUGCCACUACGAACAUUGACUACAUUCAGGCGACGCGAUAAGUUUAGUCGCGGCUUGGCGAGCGUGCGGGAUUUCCGAUAAGAAACUAGAGAAAUACGAAGAGGGUGACGACACGAGUUCUCUCGCUGCUGACGUUGAUGAUGAUGUUUUGUGUAAUCCUGUUUGUUAUGGCUGGCGUUAAGUAUGAAUUGUAUCAAACUCAGGUUACCAAAUACUGGAAGCAUACAAAGUAAGGACUGCUUCUUCCAGUCAAUCCUUAUAGCGGCGAUGAAAAUUCUACCACCAAAGGAUGUUAUGUCUGCCUUGGUUCUUCUAUCUCUAAGUCUCUCAGCUCGCCUCAGAGAUGUGUGACGAAUUAGCGGGUGUUAGUCGUCGAAGAAACGUCGAAAUUCGAGAAGACGACUCUGCGUGCGACGAAUACUGGACACGAACCGAUGAUGGGACCAUAAAACGCGAGGAUUGGGCAGGUAAUGACGUGACAGAAGAGGAGGAGGAAGAAGAAGAAGAACGAGAGGAUGGCUCGGCGGUUUAAGGCAUAUACUUAGUAGACAUAUCAGUAUUACAACUAUGGAUACAACUAGAAGGCCUUCUGCUAAAUUUCUAGGUGUAAAAUGAGUAGUGUUGUUGACAAAUGGGCAGUAGACCACGUUGUUCUUGACCUCAGUGCCUCUAUGGCUCUGGGCUAGAUCAACGUCCUAAAACAAGCGCUAACAAAGUGGUGCUGCGGGUUUCUCACUGUGGGGCGGAUCACCGCGUCGGAGUGGCGAACGAGCUGCGUUCCUGCCCUUUUUGUGUCUGCUUUUCACAACAGCUAUUCUCAGUUCCUGAAAAUAAGAAGCAUGACAAAAUGAGAUAUCGUGGCAUAGUCGAACCUCGAGCCGCCGCUGCAUUCGCUGCUUGCGGGAAGUUUCCCUCUC